AUGGAGGAAUCCGGAGCUGAUAGAUCGGCUGGAAGCUGGCAGCUGGCAGGAAAGGAAAAGGAGGGAGAGCAUGGGACGAAGAAGAAGUUGAGAUGGGCACCUCUAGCCCUGAUCGCUUUCUUCGGGUAUCUUGCCUACUUGUAUCAAAUCUCCCGAGUGCGAAGAGGAAAAACUGGCGAUGAAUAUGUGGCCUCGGAUUUUCAGGUGGAAUGCUUUCGUCGCUUGCCAUGGAACGCCCUGUCUCGCCUUUGGGGUCGGCUCCACAAUGCCGAACUGCCUUCUGGCAUCAAGACCCUUAUUCUCAAGUUCUACGUCUCUUUCUAUCGGUGCAACAUGGAUGAGGCGGAAGUAGAAGAACUACAGUAUUACAAGAACCUUGCUGCUUUGUUCAAGCGAUCUCUUAAGCCCGGGGCACGCCCCAUUGACACUGCAGAAUGCCUUGUGGCUCCAUCAGAUGGUCGGGUGCUCUCAUUUGGCCAAGUGGAUGGAGAAAAGGUACAACAAGUGAAGCACAUCACAUACUCUUUGAGACGGUUCCUGGGCGAAAAUGCCCAGGAGGUCAUUGCCUGUGAUUCAAGGAAACCGGGUGAAACAACAAGCUGCUACAGCAAAGCCUGCCUCGCUGACCCCAUAAACAAUGUAUUGUAUCAGUGUGUGAUCUACUUGGCUCCUGGGGACUAUCAUCGCUUUCAUUCCCCUGUCAGUUGGGAUGUCUACGCUAGGAGACACUUCCCAGGUGAUCUGCUCAGUGUGAAUCCUCGCCUUGCUGCAUUGAUCCCAGAACUCUUUACACUCAAUGAAAGGGUUGUGUAUUUUGGGAAGUGGAAACAUGGCUUCUUCUCAAUGGCUGCUAUUGGUGCCACGAAUGUUGGCUCCAUUCGAUGCAAUUUCGAUGCUGACCUGAUGACAAAUGUGAAACGCUAUGUGCCAAAUUCAGUUCAUGAGCUGCAUUUCCCUGAGCCUGUUCACUUUGAAAAGGGUGACGAUUUUGGAGAAUUCAACUUUGGUUCCACCAUCGUGUUGAUCUUCGAGGCACCCAAAGGCCUCAAGUUUGCCAUCCAGCAAGAGCAACGCGUGUUCAUGGGCCAGGCCCUCAGCGAAUGUCUCCAAGAUUCAUGAUUCGAGUUAUGCAAGUGCUAAUAUAUCCUGGGGCUCCGUUGAUUAUGAUGAUUCUGUUAGUUUAACCAAAAAUGCUAUUGUGAUGCUCUUUCGACAUUUUGACCUUGUCCCCCACCCCCUACAUUGACUAUGUUUUUUUUCCCACUUCAAGGGAUUUGUGCAAUAAAUAAUCUAUUUUAAA